GUUGACAGCCUUUCUCCCAUUGGAGAGCUGGACAACAGGGUGGGAUUUAAUGAGCCUGACGCUAUUUUUGUAUCGUUGGAGUUUAAACUUUGCCACCUUGUAGGAAAAAAAAAAAGAGGUUUUGACUGGACAGACGGACUAGAGAACGGAGAAGAAAGUAACCGUCCUCAACUUCGCAGCAAGGAAGACCUUUGGGAUUGGAAACCGUUGGCUAAACCGAAUCAACUCUGGGGAACACUCUUGGGAGCGGUCAUGGCCUGCCCCAAUCUUGAUUGCGUGGAGUUGCUGGACCUCCUCUUCGACGGGCAGGAUGGAGUCCUUCGCAAUGUGGAGCUGGGAUCCUCAGAGGCCCCUUGGAUGGCACAGGAAGGCAGGGGUUUGCUGAACCCCGGAGAGAACGACGACUUCAUCAACUCCAUCUUAGGAGCGGCAAACACCGUCCUAGAUUCUCCGAGCUGGUCUCCCGCUGCCAGUGACAGCGGCAUAUCUGAGGAUCCAAACUCCGAUCAGCUGGACAGCCCUCCACAUUAUCUUCCAACCGGAAGCCCGGAGACCUACUCUGAUGGAAGUUCAGCUAGUGACCUGGCCUAUGCGCCGUGCCAGGAGUCCUGUCAAGCCUUACCUGUCCUAAAAGGACCAGCCACUGAGAUGAGAGAGAUGGACGUCUCCAUAGACUUCAAUAUGUGGGCUGCUGGUUUUUAUCCUGAGGAGAGGCAAGUAGCAGAUGUCACCCAUCAAAACCCACCCUCCUGCACCCUCACCAUUAAGGAUCUCCUCCUUUCAAACAACUCUGAAAUGCACCAGCAGGCUAUCCACUGCUCGGGGAUGAGACAAGGCCCGGGGACCUGCCAGGAGCUGGUGCUGACCGAGGAUGAGAAAAAAUUGCUGACGAAGGAAGGGGUGAUGCUUCCCACCCAGCUGCCUCUCACCAAGUAUGAGGAACGCGUCCUCAAGAAGAUCCGCCGAAAGAUCCGGAACAAGCAGUCAGCUCAGGAAAGUCGCAAGAAACGGAAGGAAUACAUCGAUGGUUUGGAAAGCCGGAUGUCGGCUUGCACAGCUCAUAAUCAGGAGCUUCAGCGGAAAGUGGUUCAUCUGGAGAAGCAGAACUCGUCUCUUCUGCAGCAGCUAAAGAAGCUCCAGUCCAUCGUGAUGAAUUCCAGCGGCAAAGCUGCGCAAACCAGCACCUGCGUGGCGGUCUUACUUCUCUCCUUUGUCCUGAUCAUCUUCCCGUCCAUUGGCCCUUUCACCCGCAACAAAGCCGAGACCACAGGCGACUUCGUACCUGUGCGAGUUUUUUCUAGGUCCCUCAACAAUGAUGCGUCAUCUAGAAUCGCCCAUGCCCUGGGCAAGGAGGCCGAGCAGAGCACCAAGGAGAACGUCUGGAAGGAGCCAGCUCAUCAGGCCCACGAUGCCCCCAGCACCUUGAUCAGAGACCUCUUGGGGCUCCUGAAGCAGGGAGAGGACAACCACACCGAGGUCUUCGCAGAAGGCGGCAGCCCUGCCCCUUUGGAAGGACUCAGUCCCGAGGUUCCCUAUCCGGGCGCGAAUUUGACCUCGGUUACCUGGACUGAAUCGGAGCAGCCCGGAAAUGGGGCCUUGGAACAGACGGAGGAGCUGUGACCUUCCAUCCGGCUGCUUCCUCUCCCCUCACCGGGCCGGUGGGGGCUCAACCAGGAAGGGGAACGGGGAGGCUGUGUGUAUGUGUGUGUGCAGCCGGUUUGCGUCUCUCCUACUCAGGAGGACGGGAACAAUGUUUGCAGAGUGAGAGAGCAAGGGGGCUGAAUCAGUGGUGGGAUUCAAAUUUUUUUUACUCCCGGUUCUGUAGCCGUGGCUUGGUGGGCAUGGUGUGGCACGG